AUGGGAGUCAUUCGUAUUGUCGCACUGACGAUACUGGGUAUCUCGGCAUUUGUGUUUAUUGCCUUGUUUGGGAGAUUACCAGCCUUUAGGAAGACGCCCAUCGCGUUUUUUUAUCGAUUACUAUGGGUACAUAUCCCCAACGGGAUCGCAUUUGUGGAUUCACACUACCUUGGAGGGCGGUUCAUGCGAACAUGGACUCGGACGGGUAAAUACAUGUGGAAUGAAAACCAUCCAGUGAUUUUGAUCUUUUUUGUAGGUUUGCUCUCUAUAGGGGAAUCUGUAUUCCUUCCACCAGCAUGGCCACGUUUGCCAAGCGUCCACAAACCGUGGGUCCCUGUGAUGGUAAUUCUGCCAUACGUAUUGCUCUACAAGUGCGUGAAGACGGAAUCAUUUAUCACGCCGGAAAAUCAUGGUCAAGAGAUGAAGCGGUAUCCGUAUGAUCGGGUGCUGUUUCACCCUGGGAAUAACUGUCGCACCUGCGAAUUGCCCAAGCCACCUCGAAGCAAGCAUUGUAACAUAUGUCGUGCUUGUGUCUCUCGACACGAUCAUCACUGCGUUUGGUUGAUGAACUGCGUUGGCUCUGCGAAUUAUGUCUAUUUUAUGUCACUCUUGCUCUCUUUGACUGUCAUGUUAACAUAUGGCACGUUCCUGGGCUAUCACCUCCUAUGCCAGACCCUGGAGGAACGAGUCACAUUGGAGGGACGAGCAGCUAUGAAAGCCUGGACAGUCUAUUUCCAAAUAUGGGCCCUUGUUAUCACCGCCGACUCAAAGAUAGGCGCUGUGACCUUGCUGAUGCUGAUGACGGCCCCGCUGGCGGCGGCCUUUUUGGCCUACCAUACUUACCUCAUAUGGGCAGGAACCACCACAAAUGAAAGUUCCAAAUGGUCUGACCUGGAAGAUGAUGUUGCAGAUGGAUUUGUGUUCAAAGCGAAGCGAAGUCAAAUCGAUAAUGCGCCUGCCUACACGGACUUGGACGAUCAGCCCUGGCCAACACAAAGUGAUCAAAUCUUGGUUACGGAUUGUGAUCCGCCCAUGGAAGGAUUUGUCCUGGCAGAAGACUCCAAUCGCGUAUUUUACAAUUCUGGUGGAGAGGUACCAAUUGACACAAGAUGGAAACCAGUCCGCAGCAUGAAAGAAGUGGAUAACAUUUAUGAUGUUGGGCUUUGGGAUAAUUUUAAAGAUGCAAUGGGCAAAAUGGCUGAUCCGAAGCCACUUUGCACCCCGGCAGAGCUUAUGCUCAAAGUCAUUUUAGCCGGGACUUUAAGCCACUAUGAAACCCGAGGAAUGAUUGAUGACAAGCGUCUAGAGCACAUGCUUGCUGCUGGCAAGCAGAUCUUAUACAAAACACAUCAAGAGAGCGAGGUUCGCCACAACCUUGGUAUGUCUCCAGACAUUUGGCAGGGCCUGACGGAUGUUCUCACCAAGGCGAUUCCCGUCCUCGAGUCACAAUCCUUUGCGUGGAAGAGCCCUGCCGCUACAUACGAACAUUCAUCCUCGAACUUGAUUGCAUACAAUUAUUUCUCCUUGGUGAAGGACAUCGAACGCCUGAAUGAUUUGUGCACAAUCGCUCGCAAUUUGCUCGCCACAACUAAGAAAGCACAGAACCUUGCAGCUGCUAAGGGUUUCGAUCAAAGAAUUCUCGCCUUGAUCGAUACCUGCGUCCGAGUUACCGCCAGAGGGUUCGAUGGAGAGACUAAUGCUCGAAACGAAGAGCGUUGGCAAAAGGUGGUCAAUCUUUACAAGCGGCUGUUAAUAACGUGCCUCCAAUAUUUGCACAACUUCAUUAUGCACAACGAGCAGCGGAAGAUGGUUCUUUGGCUGGAUUUAUUUGGAUACCAUUCAACCGCCGAUACCAAUAUCAUCAAACCCAAAGACGCAUUGGAUCCUGCCUCCGGGGCUGAAGGGGUUGCGCCAGUUGUGAAGAUUGGGGAACGUGUAAUCAACCCGCCCAUCCGCGCAUUAUAUGAUCAGACAGCAGAGGACUUACUGCUUGAGACCAUCGCAAAGUUCCCUCGCGAACCUUCUACAAUCAAGGAAGAAGCAGCAAUGCUGCUCUUGGCAAAUAUUAAGGAUCAUAUGGAGAAGAUUUUGGGAAGAGACCUCACCGACAUUCAAGAGAUGGGUAGAGAUCCAGAACAAGUCAAGUAUAUACGUGCUGCUCUGACCUCGAUUCUGGGAGCCAAAGUGGACGGAUGGUCUGAUCUCCAGGAUCGAGCCCGUGAAUUGCCACCUGCUCUGCCCGAAGAAGAGGAACAUGAGCCAACUAAAAAGAAGACAAUUCUUACCAUUGAUCGUAGUCCGACCGCGGGCUUCUCCCGUCUAUGCUGGGCUGAUUUGCCCGAGGUUAAUGAUUACACAGUAGACGCGACGGUAACAGAUGACGAUACCAGUAUGCCUCGUUCGUCUCAAUCAGCAGCCGAGACAUUACAGGAAGCUAAGGAUGAACUUAUGGCGCGUCUACAAGAGCCUUCUCAUUUGGGUGACGGCGAUGCAGAGUACGAUACGGCGGAUGCAGGAACGGUGGGCGAUGAAGACACGCACAGUCUGGAGGGACACGCAGACGGAAGCAUCGAAGGGGACGAAGAAGAUGAGGGAGAUGUUGAUGAUGGACAUGACGAUGGUGCAGAGGUGGAUGAUGAAGAUGACGACGACUAUCGUGGUCGCCCUGGCGAUCAACAGCGGGGCUUGCUGACCGAUAUCCCUCUUGUACUUGGGCCUGCCGAGAUUGAAGCAUUGCCAAUGAUUGUCCAAGCAGGAAUUGUCGAUAGCUUUGGCCUCAAAGGUGGAGAACGAAAUGGAUCCCGAAACAUGCAAGCUCUUCGGUGCCAUAUCCUUCUUGCGCAGGAGACCGGGCGCAAUCUGCUCCGUGAACUUCUGAUCUUCAUUGCUGCUUGGGAUCUUCCAGAUGAUGAGCUCUACUUUAAAAUGAUGGUCCAAAUCAUGGAAGCCGUGCUUCGUAAUGGCCUAAUGUCUCACGCAUACUCCGACUUCGGUCAGCCCAAGGAUAUUAUUUCCCCAGCUCAGGCUGUAGUGGUCAAGAUCCUGACGCACAUCUUCCGAGCUAAAUACUCACCGGCCUCUGUUGCUGGAUCCUCACAGAACAACAUUCCACGAACACCAGCGUCGCUCAGCCGUGUAGAUAUUCUUACUGUCCGAUAUAUCUUCACCAUCUUCCGUGGUAAUAUUAUACCGGAAACCUGUGCCUUGAUUUAUCUACAAGGCCAGAUUCGUGCGGAGCGUGCCCUUCCUGAAGAUUUCCCGUUGAACCUGUGGGAUAUGGAACGCGUCUACGAAGGUGUUUACCAGUUCCUUGAGUUCUUCGCCGUACUCACAGAAAACAAUGACUGGAAGAAUCUGCUGGUCAAAUGGGAGAUUGUCUAUGACUUGGUCACUCUCAUUAAAGAGCUAGAGGCUAGCAUUCCCAAGGGCCAACUCAACUCUAUGCCUUUUGGUUCGGUUCCUCCGCCACCACCUCGCAGCGCAUCGCCCGAUGAUCAGCCUUCAUCCCCAGCUCCCGUUGCUGUUGAGCGUCCUUACGAUCCCAGUGACCCAGACCCGAUCGAGCCCGGUCCCGGAAGUGUCGAUUCGCGCCCAGAGUCUCCUCCAAUCACAGAAGACCCUUCAGAAUUCGAAUGGCGCAACCUCAAGAAAUUGGUCGUUUUGGUUCUUUCAUCAUUGGUAUGGAAGUGCCCCGAAGUUCAGGAGCAAAUCCGUCGCCAUGGAGGUGUUGAAGCCAUCUUGUGCUGUACAAACUUUGAUGCACACAACCCCUAUAUCAAAGAGCAUGCCGUCAUGUGCCUGAAAUUCUUAUUGGAAGGCAACCGCGAAAACCAGCGCCUAGUUGAGGAACUGGAGGCUCGAGAGGUUGUCAGCAAUGACGGUGGUGUAUUGGAAAAAAAUGGCUAUGAGGCCAUGAUUAAUCAAGCUGGAAAGCUUGCUAUCCGGUCCAAAGAAGGCAAUUAG